AUGCCCACGAGUCUGUCUCCUGACGUCGAGCAAACACAAGAGCCGUUCGCGGCCACCGAGGAGCUGUACGGGCCACCCACAAAAGAAGAUGAGAUGGACAAGACCUGGGCGCAGAACGACUACAACACUCGAUCUUGGGACAUCCUUAUGAGCGACAUGUACCCCACCAUGCGCUCGAACGCCCUGAGAUCCGACGCUUAUCACAAGAAGUGGGCCCUGAUCUUAGAGGAGCUCUCGUCGACCGACACCAAGCCGGAGGUUGAGGCUCGAUUGGACGAGAUGAGUGGCAGCUUGCACAGGAUGGUUUUAGAUGAUGAGUGA